CUUGCUACCGCUUGGGCUCAAAUUGGCGCUAGCAGCGCUAGCAUCACGUCACGUAUCUCUAUCUAGAGUCGCUAGAGUCGAGCAUCGAUAUCUGUGUGCUGGGGCUGUGACUGGGGGUUGGAUGUUCCAAACUUGUCACAACCGCAAGUUCGUGCACGUGCAAGCACAGCAUGUAUGAUGCGAUGUUGUAGUUCCUUCCCAGCGCACUCUUUCGCUGUUCCAGACGUGUUCUAGUCAUGAAUCCCAUUUUGCCGGUAACUCGGAGACUACCGAACUCCAUCCGGGACCGUGUGCUAUGUAUGUUUCUGUUUGUUAUGACUCCGGUGAUCACUUUUUUCGAGUUCGCCGUGGUCGUACCGCGUUACCACGACACUGUAUCGCCAGUUGUGUGCGUGCACGUUGUGCUUGGAAUGUUUAUCGUAAUGAAUAUUAUGGGAAACAUGUUUAAGUUGACGACGGUGAACACGUCCCUGAGGAGGGCCCGUUUGCCAGCCGUGUUGCUACCCGGCUGGAGGUACUGCCAUGUCUGUCAGGAAAACGCCCCGCCGCGCUCUCACCAUUGCAGUCUGUGUAACGAGUGCAUUCUCAAGCACGACCACCACUGCAUGUUCGUCGGACGCUGCGUGGGAUACUUCAACCAUCGCUACUUCUUAAUGGGCUUGAUCUACCUAUGGAUAGGCACCAUGUAUAGCCUCAUCUACCAGUUCGAAUACUGCAUAGACGUGAUGGGAGGUCUGCGUCCUCUGUCCCUCGUAAUGCAGCUCAUGCCGCACUUUGGCUUUUUCCUCGGCUUCCUGAACCCGCUCGCGUUCGCGUGUGCCAUGGUUAACCUCUUUCUCGUCCUGGUCGUCAUACUGUGUAGUUACCUGCUGGUGACGCAGAUCAUCGGCAUCUGUCGGAACCAGUCAGCGUACGAACAGCGGCACAGCGUUGGCCGGUACAACGUGGGACUGAGGCGCAACCUGCAGGAAGCGAUGGGGAGUGCCUGGUUCCUCACCUGGAUAUCGCCUUGGAUCAAGUCGCCUCCCACGGGGGACGGGGUACAUUUUGCGGAGAGCAUAGAAUGCUUGUAUAGGCUGGAUGCCACGAAACACUUGUGAAGAUGUUUAAUGUGUGCGUUAUGAUAUCAGAUAUGUGCUUGAAGAUUAAGUAGAUAUGUGCUACUGUGAACGAAUACUGUGUGUGUGCAGGGGACUCGUGAUCUCGAGUGAAGUGAUGGGAUGGAAUUAUCGGGUUGCAGGGAGGUGCUCAGUUCCAAAGCUGUGGCUCGAUGCUACGGGUGGGCUUGAUUGUUAGUGGGGUACGACACUUCGUGCAAAGUGCAUAUUUUGUGGGGACGUGCUUAGCUCCAAAGCCAUGGCUUAAUGAUAUGGAUGGGCUUGAUUGUUAGUGGGGCCUGGCACUUCAUGCAUAUUUUUAGAAUGCGUUCUAACUUUCCACACUUUCCACUUUCCUCCUUUUUUUUCCACACAUAAGAACCACGACGACACAGAUCUACAAUGUUUGAUGUUGCAUAUACGUAAUCGCAUAUUUUGGCAUAUUUCUUCCUGAUCGCCAUAUAAUUUGAUGGCUGCAUAUAAUUGGCUGCAUAUAAUGCCAUAUUUCAACGCCAUUUGAAUAUUUUUUUUUUUACGCUUGCCCGUUCCCUUUGCUUUGUUAACAUUAUUUCGGAAGGGGGGUCAUUGACCGCAAACCUGUGUUCCAGCAAUGCUUCUGAGUUACUGUACUGCUCAUAGGCUACUUCGUGUUACGCAGUCAAUGGAUUCGACUUUCACCACUGCAUCCAGAACAAACUUCUGAAGACAAAAUAAGUAGUCAGCAAGUUCAAGCUGUGGUAUGAAAAUACAAUACGGAACGUGCAUUUUCAUUUGUUUAAUAGUUGACCAUUUAGUUUAAUAGUUUGACCAUUUAGAGCAACAUCCCUGGCAUCCUAAUAUUUCUGCAUAUCUUAUGUAUAUUUAGAGGUUUUGUGCUGCAUAUUUUGGAGGAUUUUUGUGCAUAAAGUUCCAGGCCCUAAUUAAUCUUUCUUGCAUGAUGUGAAUCACAAUGGAAAAAAGCUUUACUGUGAUGUGUUAGGGAGCAUUGCUAAAUGCAUUGUUCGUGCUUGCAAAAAAAUAUCUUGCAUGUGGCUUGCAUUAUUGAGAUAUCUGCUAUCGGCUUCAAAUCUGUGUAUGUACCACAAUGUGCUGAAAGUACAUAGGGAUGAAAUGGGUUGUGUUUCUGGAUUUUAACGUUCUUCGAAAAUCGGGCAGAAGGUCGGAAUCUGUUUCAGGGACUGUAGAAUCUGUCAAUACAAUGUAAAAUAGUUUUGCAUCACUACCACCUUGGGAGAGGGGGGGGGGAAAACCCGAGAACUGAACUCUCGAAAGGGCAAACUCUGCCACUUCACACUUGGCACUGCACCUCACCUCCUCGUGUGUUCUUUUUAUUUUGUCACACAAAAAUCUACUCUUUAUAAUGCCAGAUUUUACCCUGUCUUACAGCUUGUAAUAUAAAACUCAAUUAUAGCACGGCUUAGAAAUGGAGUCUUGUGUUUUCAAGUCUUGUCCCCCCCCCCCGUUUGGAACCCACCAAAACCACCAUCCAUCUCUAGGCCGUGCUACACACACUGUAUGUAUUUCUCAGACAGCAUUCACAGCGAACCUCGGAAAAAUGUACGUGGUGUCCUAGUCAUGCUUUGGUUGCUUACAGGUUACAUAUUGGUUAAAACAGUUCUGAACAUACAGGGAGUCCCCAAAACACAUUGAAAAUCUACUUUUGUGGAUGACUGUACUUGAAGGGACACUGCCAGGGUUUGUCAUAGGGUGUUUAAUGCACUUAAUACAUUCUUGGAAGCAGGAUGGAUUGAUUCGUCGCAUGCAAGUCAACAUCACUUUUACUGCACAGUUACAACAAGCAGACUACAAACAUGGACAACACAAAAACAGAUUUGAUUUAAUUGAUUUAACCAGCACACAUCCUUUUCCACUGCCUGUACUGCCAAACUUUCAGGACUACACUUGGGGUGCUUUUAAAUCACCUAGGCCACCACCUUUUUUCACCAACGCUGGAUAACUUCGAACCGAGAUCAAGCGUUGCUAAAACUUGAGGUUAACGCUCAAUUCUUUUCGGCAAACGUUAAUUGAUGACUUGGUGAAUGUUUCAGUAACAACUCCCUUCAGUGAAGCACAGUUAAGCGUUAAAUUCAAGUUAAGGGACCGUUGAUCUCGGUUCAAAUGUUAAUCGGCAUUAGCAAAACCGGGCCCUAACGGCCCUCUCUGAUCACUAUCAAGUUGGUCUGAUCCAUGGUCAAAUUCAGCUCUCCAAUGUCAUGGCUUUGGUCCUCAUUGUCAAGUUCAUUAUAGUUCGACCAAAUUGCUGCAAGGGUGGAGUAUCUUCUGUUGUGAUGGGAUAUCCCGCUUCCCAUCAUCAUCUUGUGGAAGAGAGAUAACACGUCAUCAUGCAUUCUUGCCUGCAGUUGCAGUGGACACGAGGCAGGGGUCCUACAGUUGGAAACUUCAGUUUGGGUUGGAAAGAUCCAGGAAGUUGUCAUGUAGUUAGAACUGAAAGAAAUAUUGUUGCAAAGUGUGCAGCUCACUUUUGGCCUCACCAGAUGCUGUAGGCUGGUUAGCUUCAUGAAACAAGGACUUCCAUUAUUAAUCUGAUAGAUAUGUCGCAUUGGCUAGUGCCAAUUGCACAACAGAUGUGCAAUUGUGUGUGCAUUGUGUAACAGAUGCUAAAGCUGCUGUUGUCUACUUACUUUAUGGAGAGCAGAAAUAAAGGACCUACUUUCUGUGCCA